CCCCGCCCUCUCGCUUUCUCUAAAAGCGCAACGGUCACAUGACAUAGUGACGCCACUGGCUGGGUUCCCAGGAGCCGGAAGUGGCUAAAGCCUAGCGGUGUGCGCGCUCCCGCAGCAAAGGGAAGAUGGCAGCACCUUUAUCCCUCACACAGGUCUGUCUGAUGGACCAUAAGCCCUUCUGCUAGCCAGUGAAUGUGGCUCAGGAACAGAUGAGUCCUGCCCAUUACCAACAUGGAUCUGCCGCCUUCAGUCAGCCAAGGAAAUCACAGGAUGAAAUUGCUUUACAGGAUCCGCAAGCUCACGUGGAAGCCAUAAAUAAAAAGAAGGCGUGGAGAUAUUACAGAUAAAGACUGAGACACAAGACCCGGGCUCUCAGAGUACAAUGAGCAGUAAAUUAAUUCAACCAACUGAUGGGGAAUAUCUAGAGACUGUGUGUCAAGAACUGGACCUCCAAAAUGAAAAGGGAGGCUCUAAAGAUCACGUGAACCCCAUUAAGGCUGCCAGUGCUUCAUUUUCUCCCAGAUCUGAGCCUGAGAUAUUUGAGAUUAAGAGAGAAGAUCCAGACUGUGAUCAUUAUCAGAAUGCAAAUAACAAUGCAGCACUUUCCUUCAUGGAAGAGGAGAUCUGCUUAAACAGUGAGGAGUCUGAAACUGCCAGGCCUUGGUUAAGCCCACUCCAAAGCCCAACUGCCAUGGAUUCUGAUUCUUUGGAUACAAGCAGGGAACAGUUACCAAAUACUGCCUUGUUGUUGUGGCUAAAACAGCACAAAGCACAGACCAACUCGGACCUUAAGUCCAAAAUAACAUCUAAGAGCUGCCCAGCAUUCUUGGCCUCUUCACAUUUUCUCUGUUAUAAAUGUGGAAGAAACAUUUCAGGGAAUAGUCCGAUCCUCACACACCUCUGCUCUUGUACCUGGAAUGUGAAUUCUACCAGCAUGAGAAGCUGUACGGAGAAGAAGCCAUUUGUCUGCUCUCAGUGUGGGAAGCACUUCAGGAAGAAAUAUCACUUCCAGAUACAUCAGCAGAUCCACACAGGAGAGAAACCCUUCACCUGUACAGAAUGUGGGAAAGGCUUCUCACAAAAGAUUCACCUCUUCACCCACCAUAGAACUCACACUGGGGAGAAACCAUUUCCGUGCACAGAAUGUGGGAAAUCCUUCUCUAAAAAGAUUCACCUCAACACUCAUUAUAGGAUUCACACAGGGGAGAAACCAUUUACAUGUACAGAAUGCGGGAAAGGUUUCUCUGAAAAGACUACGCUCCGCUCACACCUUAGAGUACACACCGGGGAGAAACCAUUUGCAUGCAAUGAAUGUGGGAAAGGUUUCUCUUUGAAAAGCAGUCUUCACAAACACCAGACAGUUCAUACGGGGGAAAAACCUUUCAUGUGUUCAGAUUGUGGGAAAAGGUUCUCCCGAAAAACCAGCCUUCACAAGCACGAGGCAAUCCACGCAAGGGAGAAACCGUUCACCUGCAAUGAAUGUGGGACCAGUUUCUUUCGAAAGACUCACUUAUUCAAACACCAAUCACAGGUUCACAAGCGAGGGAAACCUUUCACAUGUGAAUAAUACAGAGGAGAUUUCGCUCUGAAAAGAGAGCCAUGGUUUAGAGAGAGAUUUGAGAGGGUAACGUGAAUAAUGUUCCUUUAGUUCCACAAGGAGCUACAGUAUAUAAUUAUAUUUACAGUUUCUAAGGGUAUGCUCUCUUAAAGAAACAGCUCAGUAUAAAAACUGGGUAAAUAGGCUGUGCAAAAUAAAACAUGUUUCUAAUGUAGUUAAUAAGCCAAAAAUGUAAUAUAUAAAGGCUGGAGUGAGUGGAUGUGU